AUGCCCGAGCGAUGUGCAUUUUGCGACAUCGCCGCCACAAAUCCCCCCGCCUCUUUUAGUGAGCACGGGCCAAAGACAGCCGUCUCGGCCUCGGCUGACGCCCCGGACCCAACGGCCUUUAUGGUCUUGUCUACAGAACAUGUCAUGGCAUUCAUGGAUAUCAUGCCUCUUACUCGGGGUCAUGUACUUGUAGCUCCGAGGCGACAUUAUGAGAAAUUGGGGGAUAUGGGUGUUCUAGCGGGGCAAGAGAUUGGGAAAUGGCUUCCUAUACUCUCAAGGGCCGUGAACAAGGUCGUCUUCGGGGAAGAUCCCGAUAGGCAUUGGAAUGUUGUACAAAAUAACGGAGCCCGUGCUGCACAAGUAGUGCCUCAUGUACACUUCCAUAUUAUUCCCCGACCGGUGACAGACGGCGUUCACAGGCCUGGAUUUGCCAUGUUUGGCCGUGGUCAGCGUUCAGAGCUUGACGACGAAGAAGGUGAGGAACUGUCUCUUGCCAUGAGAGCAGAGAUGGUAGGGGAGGUUCAACGGAUUCAAAGAGAGGAGGGUAUCGAUCUCUCAAUUGACUCCGCCGAUCGGGGCAAAUUGUGA